GCGGCUCACGGCCCCGCUUUCGCUUCUCGGGUCGCGGGAAAGCGGCUCUCCCCGGCGGCGCAGUGGCAGCCCCGGUCAGGGCUGAAUCCUAGGGAAGGACAGGCAGUAACUUGAGUAAUAAAGCAACGGGAGAAAGCUCCUCGCUGCCUUCAAAGUGUUGCUUUAUUUAAUGCCCGCUGUGUAGGUCUGGUUGCGAGCUGUCCUGUUUGUCUGCUGUGUAUGUGGAGAAUAACAGUAGAAACACCAGUUUUAAACUAGACGACGAAAAAACCUGCAGCUACAUUUCACCGCCCGGGUCUCCAGUCAAGCAUGACAUAAUGAACGCUUCAUGUUAUGACUAUUGGUUGUCGUGCAUAAAUGAUCUUCAGUUAGAGGCUAAUCCUGCUGGCUUCCACAGCAAAUCCACGCUCUGUAUGUUUUGCUGUAAGCCCCGGAGGCUCAGCCACCUGAAAGGCAGAUGUUUUCUUGUCUUAUCCUUGCUUAUGCUGGUGAAGGGUUACAAGUAUUUGUUCUAAGAAUGGCAGCACAAAUUGGUUUUCUAGUACGCAUGUGUUUGCAAGUCGUGUGCUCUCCGAAGAUUUUCCAUCCAGCCUGCCCAGCAGAAGAAGAUUCCAAGCCGGUAUUUGGGCCAGCCCAGCCCCUUCACACACCCACAUCUGCUCAAACCAGGAGAGGUAACCCCAGGAUUGUCACAGGUGGAAUAUGCUCUUCGCCGACACAAACUGAUGGUGUUGAUCCAGAAGGAAGCCCAAGGCUGGGAUGGUUUGGACCACACAGUGAUUCUGCUGUCCAACCCCACAUACUACAUGAGCAAUGACAUCCCCUAUAUUUUCCACCAGGACACUAAUUUCCUGUACCUCUGUGGCUUUCAGGAGCCUGACAGCAUCCUGGUGCUGCAGAGCAUUCCUGGCAAAGCACUGCCAUCUCACAAAUCCAUACUUUUUGUGCCCCGGAGGGAUCCAAAUCGAGAGCUGUGGGAUGGGCCCAGGUCAGGCCCAGAUGGGGCAAUUGCUCUCACAGGAGUAGAUGAAGCUUACACCAUUGAGGAGUUCAGGCACUUGGUGGCCAAGCUGAAAGGUGAGUCCAACGUGGUUUGGUAUGACUUGAGAAAACCAGUGCAUGCAGAGCUGCACUCUGACUACAUGCAGCCCCUGGCUGAGGUAAAAGCUCGCAGCAAAAACCGCAUCCAGGCCGUCCGACAUCUCGUGCAGAACCUGCGGCUGAUCAAAUCCCCUGCAGAGAUUGAGAGGAUGAAGAUAGCUGGCCGGGUGACAGCAGAGGCUUUCACAGAGACGAUGUUUGCCAGUAAAUCCCCUGUGGAUGAAGCCUUUCUGUAUGCAAAGUUCGAAUUUGAGUGCCGGGCUCGUGGUGCUGACAUCUUGGCAUACCCCCCUGUUGUUGCUGGUGGCAACAGAUCAAAUACUUUGCACUAUGUGAAGAAUAAUCAGCUCAUCAAGGAUGGUGAACUGGUCUUGCUGGAUGGUGGAUGUGAAUUUUCCUGCUAUGUGAGUGACAUCACACGUACCUGGCCUGUCAAUGGAAGGUUCACCAAACCCCAAGCAGAACUGUAUCAAGCUGUCCUGGAUAUCCAGAAGUCCUGCUUGAGCCUCUGCUCCCCUGGCAUGAGUCUGGAAAAUAUCUACAGCCUCAUGCUGAGCCUUAUUGGACAGAAACUGAAAGACUUGGGUGUCCUGGAGAGCAGCAUCACUGACAGCCAUUUCUUCAAGGCUGUUCGAAAAUACUGCCCUCAUCACGUGGGCCAUUACUUGGGCAUGGAUGUUCAUGAUACCCCAGAUAUAUCCCGAUCGCUCCCGUUCCAGCCAGGCAUGGUGAUAACCAUUGAACCAGGCAUUUAUAUCCCUGAGGAUGAUGCGAGUGCUCCGGAGAGGUUUCGUGGCAUUGGUGUGCGCAUUGAGGAUGAUGUUGUGAUAACAGAGGAUGCACCUCUUGUCUUGUCUGCUGACUGUCCCAAGGACAUCUACCACAUUGAGCAGAUAUGUGGUCGCAGCUCAUGAUGCCCCUUCCCUGCCUGUUUCAUCCUCCUUGGGAGACACAGCCCCGCAGGGAUGCAGAUCCCUUAGCUGGCUGCAGUUGUCAAGUGAUGGAAGGCAUGGACAGUUGAUGGCUGUUUCCAAGACUGGGACUGGGCAGUGAAAUGUAAAAGGCUUGAGUACUGAGGGAUGAAAAAACCAAGUAACCUUUUCUGUGUGCAGUUUUCUUCUGAUUUGUGCUGAUGUGGAAUUGUUGUAUGAUGUGGGAGUGGAUUCAUCCCUCUGCUGUGUGGAUCCAUGUGUUCUGGGGCCCUUGGGGAGGCUGAAUUUUGUCAGUGCCACCAGAUGCAUAGGUGCAACAGCUGAGACCAAGGCCCCCGUUUUUCUCCCUUAGCAGCAGUUUCACAACAGUCAGAUUUUUAUAAUGAUGCUUUUAUAAAUACUGGUUUUGGAUGAGAAGGUGUCAGCUUGAAUUUUAUAGAACCAUGUAAAGAGAGAGUCUGGUAAUUAGGGAAGUGGGUUUGGUGGAGACGUGGUUGUAUCUGAAGCCAGUGGAGAAUUCUUUUAGUAUUUUAAAGAUAAGGAUGUGUUUAGGCCUUGUUCAGGCAUAUGCAAAAUAGGCCUGCAGCAGGGAAAAACACCUUGUCUUUCAGUUUAUUGGAGUGCUUGGUAAUUUCAAAAAGUACAAAUAGGGCUCAAAAGGUUAGACAUUCUUGCUGUCUUCCACAUUCCCUUCCUAUUGUCCCAAAGGUCCAUUCCUUUUUCCUGCUCUGAAUCCCUCUCUACCCUAAGAAGCAGAGCCAUGUUGAUUAUGCUGGACUCCACUGGUGAGCUGUUGGUUGUCACUCAGAUGUGAGGUGUCCAGUUCUGGGACAGUCACAGCACCUUUCUAGCUUCUGCUUGCUGUGUGCUGUAAGUGCCAGCAACUUCAGCAGUGCACUUUUGAAGAGUCUGCCCUAUGGUGAGUGUCAAGUCUUUACAUGGCUUUUAUAUGGAAUUAAUUGGAAUUAAAAGUAAUUCUUCUUUUCUGAACUCUGAGGGCAUGAUAAGAGCUGACUUUUGGGUUUUUCCCAAAGUGCUCUGAUAGUAUUUUUGAAGCAGCUGCAAAUGUUACUGGGGCUGGAUGACAAGUAAAGAGAAGAGCUUUCUACCUUGAACAUCAGCCUACCAUCCAGGCCAUUGUAUGCCAUAGUAAAUACACCUACUAGAGGCAAGCACAGCAUCUGUGUAUUUACUGAAAGUACUUAGACAAUCAGCUAUUUAACAUGUGUGAAAAAUGCCUCUCAUCAGAGCAUCUCCUGUUAUUUACACUUGCUGUUGCACCACCUUACUUCUUUUCUUAUGGUAGCUUUCAGUGCUCUUCAUCUAUUACUCUAAAUUUUCUUUCUCCUCUCUUCCUGGAUUGUCUGUUUCCACUAUGUCACUGCUUCCUAAUCCAUUUUACUUUCUUAUCAACAUCACUGCCUCAUCCCCAGUUUGGCCUAAUUCCCCAGCAUGAAUGUAGCCUGAAGCGUGUGAUGGAGGUGGUCAGGGUUCUGGAGUUUGACUUCUGCCUCUGUUGCUGUGUAAUCUCUAGCAAAAUCUGCAUUUUUAUCCCUUUUUCCCCCCCUUUUUUUUGGUUUUUUGUUUUCUGUGUUUCACUUAGUGAAGGCCAAGUGGGCAGGGUCUUGCAUCUCUCAUUGCAUUCAAUGUGAGCUGGGUGCAUGCACUGGGGUUUGAAUUUCGGCACCUGAAAGGCAGCCAAGGCAUGCCAUAAUUUUAUUUUCUAAACAUGACCAAAAAAUGCUUUUGCAGGGUUUAGUGUAUCAAGUUUCACAUAUUUAAGGGAAUCUGCUAAUCUCUGAUGGCAGUGCUUGUUAAAUACUCCUGUGUUGCAGUGAUAGCUACAUUCUAAAAUAUUUGAAGGGAGAUUUCCUAAGUAUGAACACAGACCUGAUGAGUACUUUUGACAUUGUUGUGAUCUCUAAUACAUUUCUUCCAAUUACACCUGUUAGAGCCAUAUCAAAUGGGCCAAAUCUUGGAGAUUUUGGAACUAUGUAAGCAGCUUAAAAUAACAUUAAUCAAAGAGAUACAUAUGUGAGCUGAACUGCACAUCCACCCACACAUCUAACAGAGUUAAUAAUGGUACUUAAUGUAAAUAAGCCUUUAAAAUGCAUAUACAAAUUAUUUUUAAAAUAAAUCAAUUAGUAGUAAGUUAUUUCUCAGGCCAUCAAGUUGUAUGCUGUUGAAUAAAUACACACACCUCCAAAAACAGCAUUAUUUUUCAGGAAGAUUCAUUAAUUGUGUGUGACCUGUCUUGGACUUGAAAUAACAUUGUCAAAUGUAGGCACAUGCUAAUUUCUACUUCUGUCAGGAAAAUCCUGCAACUUGUAAACACCAGUAGAUCUUAGGAAUGCUGUGGAUGAAUGUUUCUGUUAGGAAAGAAGUGUUUGUGACUGCUGACUGGAAAAUAAUGGAUCUGCUAUGGCUGCUGACUGUGUCUGAUUUAGGCCAUGUAUAUUCUGUAAUUCUUCCACUGUGUUCAGCCAUUUUUUCAACAUAAACUGCUGCUGGUUUGAAUCUCUUGUUCCAUGUAAAGGGUGCAUUUCGCAGAAGGUAUUAAAUCUGCAUCCUAUGAACCUCAA